CCCGAAACCGGCCGGGGACAAACGUACUUGUCCUUUUGUCUUUUCUCGGUAUCUAAUAAAGGAACUGAUGAGCAUCAGCGUGUCUUCUCAAAAUGGCGGCUGUUGGUAGUGCGGCGCGAACAGACCACAGUACCUGGCUGGAGAGACCGGCGUACGAGAGAUGGCUCGUCAGACUUGAGGAGGAUCCGAGUAGGGAGGUGAUUCUCCAGGCGACGAAUUGGGCGCUGAAUGCUUUGGCGACCAUUACUACGGGGAUGGGGGGGAGCGCUGGGAUGGGGGGAGCUGAGAUUGUGGGGGGGGCUGAGCUGCAGGAGGGUGUUUCCCGGGUUGCUCGAGAGAAGCGAACGGCACAAGGGGAAGUCGGGAUCCGAGCUGGAAAAAGACGGAUGGUGCAAGGGGAAGUCGGAAUCGGGGCGGGAGAGAAGCGAACGACGAAGGGGGAAACCGCCGGGCUCGAGGCUGGAGAGAAACGCCAAACGAUGGAAGGGGAAAUCGGGAUCGGGGCUGGAGAGAAACGCCAAACGAUGGAAGGAGAAAUCGGGAUCGGGGCUGGAGAGAAACGCCAAACGAUGGAAGGGGAAGGGGAAGUCGGGGUCGGCGCUGGAGAAGGGGAGAUCGGGAUCGGGGUGGGAGAGAGAGAAGGGGAAAUGGAGGUGGGCCCGGGAGAGGAACGGACGAGGCAAGCGGAAGUCGGGAUCGCGCCCGGAGAGACACGAAGGAUGAUGCAAGGGGAAGUUGGGAUCGCGGCCGGAGAGAAAGGAACGAUGCAAGGGGAGGUUGGGAUCCCGGCCGGAGAGAAACGAACGAUGCAAGGGGGGGAAGUUGGGAUCGCGGCCGGAGAGGAGGGAACGAUGCAAUGGGAAAUGGGCCCUGGGGUAGUUCCUCCUCCGCCAUCCAUGGUCCGUCCUGUCACGACGACAGAGGAGUCGGAGUCUCCGAUUCGCUGGGGAACAACACCGGCGGCGGCUGUGCAAAGCUUCUUCAAUGAAGAAGCGGCGGCGGCGGUGACGGUGGUACGUGCUCCUCCUCCUGGUGGGACGUCGUACGGGCAGGUGGCACACGUGGCGGCUGAGGGAGCAGCAGAUGGUACUGGAGACCUCAGGACGAUGGCAUGCGACCCCGCGCUUUUGUCGCCGGGAUCGGGAUUGCCGGUUCCUCCUCCUCCUCUUCUUGAACCACGAGCUGGUCUCACCGCACCAGAAGAAGGAGCAGCAGUAGCGCAUCGAGAACGGGACCCGCCAAUCCCGAUCCCUGCGGGGUUGGAUAUGGUGGUGGUGAGUCAAGGGGGGGGGCUGCUGGGAGGACGGGUAGGCGGAUUGGGAUCGCAAUCAGUGACAACGGAUUGGCCAUUGCAAUGUGAGGGCGGGGCAGUCUCUUCAGGUACGUUAAGGACGAAGGAUGACGGCGAGAGAACUCCUGCUGCAGGAUCUGAUGCGCCACCCCCUCCCGGAGUUUUCCCCGUCGUCUUCCCCGGUCUGUCGUCUGGCGUUACUUCAACUCCUUCAGCUCCUUCAGCUCCUUCAGCUCCUUCUUCUGCUCGUAAUGAUGAUGCCUCUGCUUCCGAUGGGUGUAUCGGUGCGCCGGUGGAGGGGUUGCUGCCUGAGGCUGGAGGUCGUGGAGAACCAGCACAGGGAUUGGAUGAUGACAUGGACGUUGUCGAUGGAGCGCAGAUCGGUGCUGCUGACUUGACAUCAUCAUCGGACCGUUUGGAUCAGAGCCAUCCGACGGCGAUGAUGACGGGAGGAAGAUUCUGCGAAGACGAAGAGAAGUUGGUGUCGCCAAAGACGGCUAGUCCCGCCGCUACGGAAGAGUCGGCGGAAUUUGCGACUAGUAGGGAAGCAGGAGCAGGAUACGGCGUUGCGCUUCUUGCGAGGCUAGAGGAACUCGACAGGGGCAGGGCUGGCGAUGUCCUGGAAGAACAGAUCUCCCUAUUUCUUGAUGACAAUCGGAUACACUCCUUGGUGGCACUUAUAUGUCGCUGUACCUUAUACAGCUUUGAUGUUGUUGUAGGGUCGUCGUCGUCGUCGUCGUCGUUGUCUAACGGCGGCGGCCUGAAUGGGAAGAGGGAGGGGGAGGGGGAGGGGGAGGCGGAGGGGUUACAUCAUCGGGGGACGGAAGGGCAUCGUUGUCGAUUUCGAGCGGGAGAAGGGACUGAAAAAACCGGUCAUAGUUGUUAUGACGGGGAAAAUGCUGCGCCGCUUUCUUCAGCCGGAGAGGCGGUUGAUGAAGGUGGAGGUGGGGAUGGGGGAGAAAGAGGUGGUGGAGGAGGAGGAGGAGGAGGAGGAGGAGGAGGAGGAGGAGGAAGUGGUGGACGUUGGGAGGAAGACGAGAGCUGUUCCUGGCUUCUUGAGCUGUUAGUAAAAAAGGCGGGAAGAAGUGCUUGCGCUGGUCGGGUAUCAAAAGUCUCGGCUAUGGCAGGGGAUAGCAGCGAUGAAUCUGCUGAUGAUGAGCUGGAUGGCGAUGGCGCCAGCAAGAGCGUGGUUGCCGGGGUGCCUGAGUGGCUCAUCGGCUAUCUGUCAAUAACUUAUCUCAGAGAAGUUGUUCAUGCUUUGCUGGACGAUAUGCAAGAUCGACUAGGAGCAGGGAGAGGGAGUCGCGAGGGAGGGGGCGGGGGAGGGGGAGGGGGCGGGGGAGGGGUGAAUCGAGAAAGAGAUAGCGUGCCGUUUAUGGAAAGAUUGGUGUUAGUGUCGACGAUUCUGGAAUUUUGUGCUCAGCACGAUCCAGAGCGUCUGGCGGGCGUCUUGUUGGAAAGAUUGCUGCGGCUUUCAGAAUCAGAAGGAGAGGGUAGGAGCGAGGUGGGCAGAUGGGGACGGACUGGCGAGAAGUGUAGUGAUGAUUAUGAUUACCCUGCUGUUUCGUGGAUGGAUUGGCUUUUUGGACCUGUGGCGGCCGUGUUGGCGCUGUGCCCAGUUCUCAUCAGGGAGGUGAUUCCUCUCUUGAUGCCGAUGGUUUUGAAGAGAAUUCCUGUGUGGCUGUCGAAGCUCGACGAAGAAGACCAGCGGCAUGGUAAUCAAAACACCCCCUCUCUAUCUGAACAUUGUAGGGGGUCGUGUAGGGUUAAUUCCGGGGUAGAGAGGGGUGUUGUUGGGGGUGUAUUCUCAAGCCUAGUAUUUCCUCCCCCGAGUAUCUUUGGGGCUCGAUCUUUGCUGAGAUCGGCGGGCUCCUCGUCUCUUGCCGCCGCGUCUUGUUCCUUUGUUGAUGAUGAUGGAACAUGUCCUGGAGCUCAGCAAAGGCCGCAAGCAGCUGAUGUCAACCGAAAAGAGGAUCCCGAUCCCGAUCGUCCUGAAUCUAGUCGCCGCCGUUGCUUGGAUGCUUAUGUGCAAUGGUCGGUCGUUCUACUUCACAGAAGACUUGGAGACCUCGUCGCUGUCGCGUCGUCUCUAGUGAGUUUCUUGCACGAUUUAGCUGAGCGUUUGCCGUGUCGUAAUGGUCGUCGUAGAAGUGAUUGUAAUCGUCCUCAUCGUCGUUGUAGCUGUGACUGUGAUGAAGCUUCCGUGAUUUGUCGAACCAUAUUGAAUUGGCUAGUUGUGGAGCUGGCAGGGAGAGUCAUACCCACUCUCCUCGGUACCCUUGGGGAGAAGCGCCGCCGCAGGGCGGGGUCCCGAUCCUCCUCCUCUGGGCAGGUCCCGCCGACCAGCGGUGAUCGUCAUUUGCCCGAAGAGAACGCUUGCGAUCGCAUGGAGCCUGCAGACAAUGGUGGUCUCUCGCCGCCGACACCUCCCAGCAGUAGCAGCAGAUGCGCGAGACCUGAAUCGGCUGACAGAUCUUGCCGUACGACUCCCCCGAUCGCUGACUUCUUCGCUGCAGAUUCUUCGGUGGGGACGGCGAUGGCGGCUGCCACGAUGGGUAGAGAAAGGCAGGCGAUGGCCGAUGGCAUGGCGUUUCUGAAGCACCUGAGAGCGCAUGCGGUGAGUCUGUGGUUGAAGCUCUUGAGAGGCAAGAAAGGGACAGACGAAGGAGAGGGCAAGGGUAUGAUGAUGCUGAUCAGUGAUGCGCAAGGGAGGAGGGAGGAGGAGAAGAAGGGGUCCUCUGCCGCCGCCGCCGCCGCCGCCCCCACACAUGAAGCGGCGGGGCUCAAACUGGGUGGUGAUGGUUCUUUGCACCGCACGGCCAUUGGCCGGGAUACCGAUCUCCCUCUGCUUCGUCUCUUGGAACUUGUGGUGAUUUCAAGUCCGGAUGAGGUAGCUGCCGAGUUGAUUGCUGAGGCAACCAGAGCAAAGGAAGAGGGGGAUGACGUGGGAGAAGAGUUGUGGCGGGAAAGCGGUGGGGAGGGGAACCUCUGGUACGCGAGGCGGAUACUCCAAGUUGUCGUUGUGUGGGGAAAGGGGGACUCUGUGGUCGACUUAUGGUCUCAGAAGAUGGUCACACUGCUUGCUCUUGCCAGCCAUGACGAUGCGCUGUCUAGACUCAAAGCCAUUUCUCAGCUCUUACAGCCUUAUCCUUCCUGGAUGGAUGAGAAGCAGAAGAUGCAGAUCCACUCUGGAUCUGGAGGGCGCUCAGAGAGCCAUCAACUCCCUCUCCCUGCGCCUACUUCUCAUGGGGAUCAAUUAAGAGGAAGGUGGUGGGAAGGGGAGAAUGGCAUUGACGAGGAGCAGAGGAGUUGUAGCUGGAGUGUUGUUAGCAAGCUUCUUCAUGAAGGGCUGGAUAGGUAUUGGAGCAAUUUGCUGGCGCUGUUGCAUCGGGAUAGCUGGCCUCUUCGUGUCGCGACCGCGACGCUCAUCCAGUCUCUCUCGGUCUGUCUUCAUCCCCGGCCUCAGGUGGUUGCUUGUCGUAUCUAUCGCGCUCUAGGGAUCUUUUUCCAGUGGCUUGACGACAUUGCCCCCUCUCCUUCCGCCUUGUCCUCGACUACUAGGGUUAUCCUCCCUCCUCCUCCCCUUCAGAAGAAGAACGCUGGCUUCCGCGCCUCCGCGGCUGCAGCUCCCUCCGCUGCCGCCGCCGCCGCCGCCGCCGCAACGAAAAUCAGGCCGCCUCCGCAAGACAAGGACGGAAGCCAUGCUUAUUAUGCUCCUACUGGCGAUGACGACAAGUUUUGGCUGAUUCAAGCGCUGGAGCAAUUGAAGAGAGUGAUCGUUCGAUUGGCAAGCACGUGCUCUGAUGCGUUCAUGCUGACCGUCAAUCAAAUCCUUGAUUACUCGUUCGAUCGGUGCUCGCGCAAGGACGGUGGGGGUGUCUCGUCGGUAGUGGAGGCGUCUCAAGGGCAGCAGGAGAGCAAGAUCGGCUUCCGCCACCAGAAGGCGCCGACGGCAUUGGUAGGAGGAGGAGGAGGAGGAGGAGGAGGAGGAGGAGGAGGGGGAGCAGUCUCUCUGCGCGCGCUCUGCGCAGCUCGCCUGGAUCGGUAUGGCUGCGCCUCCAUCCUCCCGCGCUAUACGCCGAGAGAAAGCUACUCCUCUCCCAAGGAGAAGAUUCUGCUCGAGAACCGCAAGCGAAAACUUGGCGCCAUUUUCUCUCUGGAUGCGUACGAGGGGCGAAUGUCUGGUCGGACAUCGCGAAUGCGGUACUUUGUGCGGCAGGGCCCAUCUUCGGGAUCCGAGCAAGCCUCCGCAGAGGAGGAAGACAGGGUUCUGAAGCUGCGACAGGCAGACGUUCAGGUCACUUUGCACCUGGUCGAUCUUCUCCGGCAUAGUUUACAGGAGGCCAAUAGAGUGCUGCUGAAACACCAGGAACAAGAGCAGCAGCAGCAGCAGCAGCAACAACAACAGCAGCAGCAGCAGCAGCAGCAGCCGCAGCAAGCCCAACAUCAGCCCGUGCCAUCCUCGCUCGCCACUGGAAGCUGGGCUUGGCCUGUCCCUCCCAUCCGUACGAUGUGCACACUUGUCAUCGAUCGACUGCAUAUGCCCCACGAAGCGCCAAUGACCGCUCCCCAGUAUCAGGACAUACUGCCGAGGCGCGUGUCAUCUGCCCGACACCUGUUCCUCGCAGAGGCGUUCAAUCAGAACCCGCUCUUGCUGGAGCUACUGCAGGUGCUAGCGGAAGAGGCGCCUUCGCGGGAGCUGCUGCAGUUACAAGAGUUCGUUAGGGUUUUGCUCGCCGAUGCCAUCAGCAAAUGGUAUCAUGCGGUAAGGUCGAGGAGGGUGCCGUCGAGAGCACUGGGAAGCGACAACGACACCGCAGAGCGAAUGUACGCUUGCCGCCUGAUACGCAUCAUCUCCUUGGCGGGAUGGCUACCACGGCCCUUGACAUCGUGUGUGGAGAUCAUUCCUUUGCUCGAUGCCACAGACAUGCCUGAUCUUCUUCUGCUCGUCUGGCGCUGCGCCCACCAUGCCAUCUUGUUCGGUGAGAAAACGUGGUUGUCAGCAGCGUAUCCGCCCGCUUCUUACACGCUGGGGCCGUUUGUGAACGUCGGUAUGAGCAGCAGCGAUAACGGGCUGGGUUCAUCAGGAAAUGCGGGGAAUUCAGUUGCUCCAGGCAGGGGAGGAGGAGGGGGAGGAGGAGGAGGAGGAGGAGGAGUGGGGGGAGGAGGAGGAGGAGGUGGAGGUGGCUUCGACAUGCAGAAUAUGCAAGGAUUGAUUGCAGGGGCCAACUUCAGCAGCACAGAUGCAGAGGCGUAUAUGGAUAACGAGUGGGAGGGGCACCUUUUUGCCAUUCUUCGUCGAAACAUCAGUCGCAUCGGCUUCCAUUUCGCCUCCAUCUUUCCCCCAAGAACUGUAAUGACAUAAGAAAAGCAAAAGAAGAUGAACUUGAAUGACCUGAUUAUGAUACCUUCAUCAUCUGGUGUCAAGCCCGCCAUCAUUGGAUUAACCAAUCAGUCAGCAAACAUCAAUCAAUUCAAUCAAUUCAAUCAAUCAAUCAAUCAAUCAAUUCAAUCAAUCAAUCAAUCAAUCAAUCAAUCAAUUCGGCUGAGCAGGCAUCGGGCAUCAUAUGGACGUGAAGGGAAGGGUUUUGCGGCAUUUGCCGAUUCUAUCUGCUGUGGGGAAAGAAGAGCAUAGGGCAGGUAGGUUCUAUUGCUGCUAUUCCGCACAGGAUGGCUAGCCUGCCAGCUGGGGCCAUGGUAGGGGCCUGACCUGUCGGUGGGGCUGCCAGACACGACCCUCGAAAGCUGUUCUCCGUUGAUCAUAUCUCACGGUAGAGGCAACAGCUUCCAUGACCGUCUCAGAUGCAGUUUGCGUGGAGAGAGUGAGGGGGUAUUAUUGUGUGGUGGCUGCAGGCAGGUAGGGAAAGGAGACAGGAGGGGUUCCAUGGAUACGCUGUCACCCCCCGAGCGAAAUUCGGCACCCAUUGAAUUGAUGAUCUUAUCUGACCCUUGCGGAACAGCCCCUCAGUAGCGGAAGAGCAUGACAGGCUUGCUCGUGCUGUCCUUGCGCUCAUGACCACCAGCAUGCUAUCUUCACCAUGAUGAUGAUUGAUGAUGAUUGAUGAUGAUUGAUGAUGAUGAUGAUGAUGAUUGAUGAUGAUGAUGAUGAUCAUCAUCAUCAUAGACUUGAGGGUCCUGGAAAAAAGGUGGAUUGAAAGAGCUAAGGGUUGAGGAAGAUGUGGAGGAUGGAGGGGAUGUAGAUGGCCAUCCUAGAGUGACCUCUGAUGGGCACCAAAAUGAUUAUGUUGGGUUGUAUCGGUGGCGUUGCAUGCACUGCCAGAUUGAUGGGUUGAUCGUGAUAAAAGGGCACUGAAGCUGCAUCAGAAGACGCUUAGCAUCGGACACGUGUCUAGUCAAUCAUGCGUGUGAAGAGUCUGCAUGCCCCAGAGCCGUCGAACAUUGCACACACGUGUCCAACCAAUCAAGCUGUGGUUCAGAAUGACAAAGAGCUGUGGUUGUGUGUGCAGCAUCGAAAAGACGCAGCCAGCGAUGGAUCGUUUCAAAGGCUGCUGUGCUUCUUGGGGCCUAACGAGAGGAACUGGCAAAUGCAUCUUCUUCACUCACUCCGAAGGUGGCAGAAUACAUCUGUUUCUAUUCAUAGUAGCGGAUGUGCUUUGCCAUUUUCUGUUUGACGAUGUGUUCGUCUCUUUUCUCGUGUUUUUGGUGAGCACUGUGAUGAGGCCUGUCGGCCCUGUCGGCCAUCGAGAAGAUGGAGUCGGAUGCUGCGAGGACAUCUAGAAGCCAAAAGCUCUGCAAUUUUUGCAACAGGAAGAAAUGUCCCGUGGCCAGUACCGGGAGCGCCUUUUUUUUCCUGUGUGAUGGCUGAGGAAGAGACAAUGCAUUUGGCCACUUUCUUGGCGUGAAUGACUGCAUCUGGACUCCCUCCCAGUACACAUGCGGUUCAGAUAAUCGGACAAAUUCGUAUAACGGGAAGACGAAGAUGUCGUAACCGAGAGCCGAUGGAUGGCGAUUCGGAAGCCGGUGUUGACAACAACACAUUUACCUGCCAAGGCGGAAGGAGGUAGCUGUCGUUGGUAAAAGCACCCCACCCUGAUAACGAAUGUAUACAAGCGGUCUUUCCAGUUCUCGGUUCAGCCAUAAAUUAUAUGGCCGUGCUUGCUGUCUUCAAGGGAAGGCAUGAGGGUGCACAUACAUACAUAAUGUAGGGGUAGGGGUGUUCGAGGUAUGAGGUGGUUCCUCAGGUCCACGGGACAUUCUCCGUCCCGAAAGAUGUUUUGGGCCCGAUCCGGAAGACAUUUGGGGUCAUGGAACGCUGAUCUGGCCAUUUUUCGCCCGAAAGAUAUUUUGGGCCCGAUCCAGAAGACAUUUGGGUUCAUGGAACGCUGAUCCGGAAGACAUUUGGGGUCAUGGAACGCUGAUCUGGCCAUUAGCCGAACAGACGGAAGACGGUCUAUCCUGCGGGUGCACAAUUUUUUAUGAAGGCCGCAGCAAAAAAAAAACAGUUGACAGGAUCUCAAUCUCCGGAAGCUUUUCGCUUCUAGCUUUGAGGUUUUGUACCAGCCUCCAGAAGC